AUGACGAAGACUGUUGACGCAAUUGAGCUUGCAACAGCCGCAUUUGAAAAAGGAAGAGAAUCUUUGGCCUAUCAAUUGCUUUCCAGGAGCCCAUCCAAAGCUCGCGGAGUUCCUUUAUUGAUAGAUAAGAAGAUGUGGGACGAAGCUAUUUCAGCAGCCGCUGAUUCAGGUGAUGCUUCACUUUUAAUUUACACAUUGAAUUGUGCAAAAGAAAAUGGAGCGAAUUUGGCCCUCAAAAACUGCCUGAAAAAGAGCGAAAUAGCAAGGAACGAAUGGUCAUAUUAUGUACCAGAAGAAGACAAAUUAGAAGCUUCAAAGGAUACAUCUCGUUACGUUCUUCAACAGAUAAAAGUUGCCUUGAAAGAAGGAAAAAGAUGUCCAUGGGGAGCUAAAAAAUACCAAACAGACAUAUUCAAAGUUUUGAGUCAAAUUAACGGUUUGAAGAAAGAAUUCAGAGCUUUGAAAAUUGCUAACUCAGGAACGAAGAAAGAGAUAAAGAAGAUGACUCCUGUACAGUUCUAUGACCACUUAACAUUGUUUAAUUGCUUAAAUCUCAUAAAAAGAUUGGAGACUAUUUGUAAAUUAAAGAAUACAAUUGAUAGAAGGCUGAAUGUCGGAAUUGCAAGUAAAUCUGAGAUUGUAUUGAAGUCCGUUAAACCAGAAAUCCUUGGAAAGAACUUCGACAUGUAUUCUUCACGAAUUCCAGCUGAUUUGAUGAGAUUUAUCAUUGAACCAAGCACUGAACCAAUUCCAGAUCCAUCUGCUAACUCAAAACCAAUCAAAAAUGAUGACUCAGACUAUUAUUAUGAAGAGGAAGAAGAAGAUCAGAAUAAAUAG